AUGGAUGUUGAUAUUGAUCUAAAUCAAGAUUUCCGGCAGCCGCCAAAACCCUUGACGAAGAAAGAAAAAAAAGAAAAGGAAGAGAAGAUAUUGUCCAACCUCCAUAACAAAUUUUUGGGGACUCAAAAGAAAGUGGAGGUGACCCUGGACCCCAAAACUGCCUUCCCUACGCUCAUCCUUUCCGAAGAUCGGAAAAGUGUGCAUCUCGGCCAGCGAGCCCAGACUCUUCCUGACAACCCCGAGCGCUUCAAUUUUUUACCGUGUGUCCUGGGAGCGGAAGGCAUCGACUCUGGGACUGUCGACUGGGUGGUGGAGGUGGGCAAGGCCAAAAAGUGGUCCAUUGGGGUGGCCCGUGCAUCGAUAGAAAGAAAAUGGAACCAAUACAUCACUGCUACUGAGGGGUUUUGGGUGCUGAAGUUGUUUGAUGGAGAAUACAUGGCCUCUACCACCCCUUCCACCAUCCUUACACUGUGGAAAUCCCCACGGCGGAUCAAGGUUCACCUGGACUUCGAUUUUGGCACCCUUUCCUUUUUCAACGCUGAUUCCACGGAGUGCAUCUUUAUCUUCAAUUAUCCUUUCUCUGAGAGGAUGCUUCCUUUCUUUGAGGUCUGGGACACGGAGAUCCCCCUGAAAAUCUGCCCCAGUGAUCCAUAGGGGCACGUGCACAAGAUAACUUAGCCUGCAGUCCAGGACUCACUUACUUGGGAGUAAAGAGCUCAAGCAGGCAAUUCCAUUCUAGCCCCUUUCCAUUUGGCUUUUCUAACUGACAUGUGAUAUUCCAUGCUACUGAGCAUGCUCAGGCCACAUUGGGGUAGUUCUUUUUCUUCUUUCUUCUUUUGGGGGGAGGGGGCAGUAGUUCCCUUAAUUUCUUAAAAAUAAUAAUCCCUUGUUUCUUUUGUAUUUUUGCAAAGCUUGGAAUUGGAACAUAAACUGGACUUUAAAAUGGGGUGGUCACUUAUAAAUCACCCCAAAAGAGGACAAAA